AUGGCCGGCAAGAAGAGAUCGAAAAAGCCAGCCGCAAAUCCUGCAAGAGGUUUCGCGACCACCUCGAUCGCAUCGUCGAAGCCACGAGAUGUCGCGGACGCCAAUGACGAUGCCCUAGCCAAACCUGGCGAUGUUGCUGCCCCGCCGAAAGAUGCCCCACCAUUGCCUGCUAACGGCAACAGCCUUUCCUCCAACGCCGUCGCGCAAACCGAGAAUAUCAGUGCCGAAGAGUUUGAACGCCAGCUUGAGGAGUCGGAGCUACAGUAUAUGGUGGAGAAAUUUGGACAGAAGGUUAAACGGGAUGCACAGCGCCAGAAGUCUCGCCUCGAGACGGAUAGACGCAUUCUCCGCGGGCAGGCUGAAACGGUCAACGCUAGGAAAUGGCUUCCCCAGGAGCUCAUGGACCACGUCCUUGACCUGAUUAAAGCAGAGGGCCGCUUUGCAGCUUCAAGCGUCUUGCCCGAGGGAGCAACUAGUAGACUGCCCCCGGAGGAAGACUUGGCUAUCAAGCUCUGGGCACUGCAGCUGACCCUGACGGGCUCCGACUUCCCCCAGGGUAGGAUUCAAGCGGCGUUACAAUUCGUUCUGGACAUUGCGCCCAACAUCUCGCCAAGCCCAAAGGGCGAUUCAGUCUGGGGAUUGGAGGAAGCGUUUGACUGGUUGGCGAGGGAAUGCCCCUCGAGCGAACUUCCUGGCUACAGCGGGCGGAGCAAGGCGACGCUGAAGCCCCAAGAUACUCCGUCUGACACCCCUAGCGCAUCUGGGACGACCACCCCUCAACUGCUCGAUCUAGACCCUAGACAAAGAUCGAAGCUAAAGAACGGCGGCCUCAACUCUCGACCUCCACGAGGUCUCUCUCCAAAGAAACUCACCGCAACGUACGAUGAAGAUAUUGAGCCCGACCAACUUCUGCCUUUCUAUCUCGAGGCCAAAGAAAAGCUCUUUGAGAUACAGCGUCCAAGACAGGACUUGCCCAAGGACAAAGGACGGAAAGGCAAUUCUGCCCCUGGUGAUGAGCAGGCGCUUCUCCUGGCUAAGAUCGACCGCGUUGAGAAAGAUGUUCUUUUCGACAAAUACGUAGCUGAGCAGCAAUGGAGAACGCGGAGGAUAAUCUUGGAGAAGGAAUACUCUGCCAGCAAGAAGAAAUCGGUAGAGGAAAAGGAGGCAACGCAGGCUGACGGCGAAGACAUCCCGACCAACGGUCUUGAUGAUGUCAACGAAAAAGCCGAACGCAUUGGAGCCGAAGUUCUGGCCGAGAGCAGCGAUGACGGAGGGCUCUCGAACCUUUUUGACGGCCUCCCCACCAACGAAGUCGACCCCGUUACCGGUAAAACGAACACGGUAAUGAACGGUGCUGAUGGGAGGAGAACGGUGAUCAGGGAUUUUGGAAAAUGGACUGGAGUGAGCCCCAUGAGGGCUCUUGAGGAGGCUUGCCGCUCAAGAGACUCGUCUGUGAAGAUAUCCUAUCAUCUCCUUUCUGACAUCGCUUUUGCCAACCGCCACGCCGUUAACAUCGUCUGGUCUAAGCCGCAGGAACUCCCUGCCACGCCUGAGGUUGCCGAACUGGAAGUCUUCACGACGCCCCUCCAAUUCGUGUUUAAGAUGGCGUCCAUUGCCACCCCUGACCCGAAGCAAUCGGAGGCUUACAUAGCCACUACCGGGUUAUUCUUCAUCUUUGCUUCGUCCGGAAAGGACGAAAAGGUGUCAAUGAGACUCCCAAACACAUGGAAGGACCUAUGGUCAGAGUUUGCGGACGCGAAGAAAAACAAGGCUGACGGAGAGGAUAGAGAUGUCUUGCGAGGCAUCCGAGACCUUGUGCGGAAGAGGAUGGAACAGGAACUCGAAGAUGGCGUCCUCAUCCGGGGCGCGUUCAAGGGACGGGGCCAGGCCAAGAAUCUGACCGACUCUGAGCAAUCCGACCACGAGCGGGCAAAACGCCAACCAUUCGGGCCAGAGUACUACCAACACAUUUGGCUGCAAAAGGCGAAUACCCCCAGGUUCCAGCAAAUGUUGGUGUCACGGAUGCAACUUCCCAUGUGGCAAUUCAGACAGCAGGUCGUUGAAACGGUCGAGAGAGAGCAGAUAGUCAUCAUCUGUGGCGAAACGGGAUGCGGCAAGAGCACGCAGGUGCCUUCAUUCCUUCUUGAGCACCAGCUCUUGCUGGGCAGGCCGUGCAAGAUCUACUGCACAGAGCCCCGACGUAUUUCGGCCAUAUCGCUGGCCCGUCGGGUUAGUGAAGAGCUCGGAGAAGGACGAGGAGAUAUCGGGACGAACAGGUCUUUGGUGGGAUAUUCUAUACGACUCGAAGCGAACACUUCGAGGGAGACCCGUCUUGUGUUUGCCACAACUGGUAUUGUCAUGCGCAUGCUAGAAGGGUCCAACGAUCUUCGAGAGAUCACCCAUCUAGUGCUCGAUGAAGUCCAUGAGCGUUCCAUCGACAGUGAUUUUCUGCUUAUUGUGCUGAAGAAGCUGCUCGCUAGGAGGAAGGACCUCAAGGUCGUGCUCAUGUCGGCCACUGUCGACGCCGAGAGAUUUUCACAAUAUCUAAACGGAGCACCAGUUCUACAGGUUCCUGGGCGAACGUUCCCAGUUCGAGUCAAUUACCUCGAAGAUGCCGUCGAGCUGACUGGAUAUUCGCUCGACCAGCGGAGCCAAGAGAAGGUUACGGAGCUAGACGACGAUUUAGAGACGGAAGCAGACAACUCGUCCAAACCGGAGCUCAUCAAAGAACUCAAGAAUUACUCGUCACGAACGAGAAACACGCUAGCACAAAUGGACGAAUACAGGAUCGACUUUGAUCUUGUCGUCCAGCUCAUCUCUAGGAUUGGGCAAGACCCAACAUAUGCCCCCUUUAGCAAAGCGAUUCUCGUCUUCUUACCCGGUAUCGCGGAGAUCCGGACGAUUAACGACAUGCUACUCGGUGACAGGUCAUUUGCCGAUAGCUGGCUUGUCUAUCCCCUGCACUCUACAAUUGCCACCGAAGACCAGGAAGCAGCCUUCCUGGUCCCCCCUUCUGGAAUGCGGAAGAUUGUCUUGGCCACCAAUAUUGCCGAGACGGGCAUUACCAUUCCCGACGUGACUUGCGUCAUCGACACCGGAAAGCACCGCGAGAUGAGAUUUGACGAGCGUCGACAGCUAUCUCGCCUCAUCGAUACGUUUAUCUCUCGAGCCAAUGCCAAGCAGCGCCGGGGUCGUGCCGGGCGUGUCCAGGAGGGACUCUGUUUCCACCUGUUUACCAAGCUUCGUCACGACAAAUACAUGAGCGAGCAACAGACGCCCGAGAUGCUCCGGCUUUCACUUCAGGACCUUGCCAUCCGCGUCAAGAUUUGCAAGAUUGGCGGUAUUGAAGAGACACUGGGAGAGGCUCUGGAUCCUCCGUCGGCGAAAAACAUCCGCCGCGCCAUCGACGCGCUCAUCGACGUUCGUGCGUUAACUGCGGCUACGGAAGAGCUGACACCUCUGGGGCUACAGCUCGCGCGUUUGCCGCUCGAUGUCUUCUUGGGCAAGCUUAUUCUUCUCGGGGCCAUCUUCAAGUGUCUCGACAUGGCUAUCACUGUGGCCGCCAUCCUGUCGUCCAAGUCUCCGUUUGUGGCUCCUUUUGGACAGCGCAGCCAAGCCGACGCGGCCCGGAAAGGCUUCCGGAGAGGCGACUCGGAUCUUUUGACCGUGUAUAAUGCGUACUUGGUGUGGAAGCGGGCAUGCCAGACGGCAACUGGCGGCGGUUCUGAGUACCAGUUCUGCAGAAAGAACUUUCUCUCAUCACAAACGCUUGCGAAUAUCGAGGACUUGAAAGGCCAGCUGACGAUCUCGGUUGUUGACUCUGGCUUCCUGCAGCUUACAACAGAGGAACGCCAGACGCUUAACCGACUGCGCUCGAGCGGCAAACGGAGGAACCAGGUUUUCUUCGAGAUGCCGCAACGCGCCAACAUUAAUAGUGAAAAUGACACGAUCUCGCAGUCCGUCAUCGCGUGGGGUUUCUACCCGAAACUCCUCGUCCGCGAUGUCCCGGGCGGCAAGGGCCUGCGCAACGUGGGCAACAACCAGAACAUUAGCCUGCACCCCAACAGCGUCAACAAGGGCCAUAACGAACUGCGGUGGUUAAGCUACUACCACAUAAUGCAGUCGAAGGCCUUUUACAAUGCGCACGAAACGACGGCCGUGGACCCGUUUGCCAUCGCGCUGCUCUGCGGCGACGUGCGCAUCGACAUGUACGCGGGCGUGAUGGUCCUUGAUGGCAACCGCGCCCGCUUCACGGCGCCCGACUGGAAGACGAUGCUCGUCGUAAAGGUGCUCCGAGCCCGCCUGCGCGAGAUGCUCACGCGCAACUUCAAGAGCCCUAGCAAACUGGCCACGCAGCAGCAGGAGCGCUGGCUCGAGGUCUGGCAGCGCAUAUUUACCCUGGCUCAGGAGAACAAGGACAAGGCUGCGCAGGCUGCUGCUUGA